UUGCAGGAAGUAGACACCGCUUUUGCUGGCGAUAUUUGUGCAACUUAUGGUUUGGAGUGUUUUUCGGGCGAAACUUUUUGUGACGACAAAGAAUACGCCGAAUCGAUGCAUAUUCCGGAACCAGUUAUUUCGAUGUCUAUUCGGUGCGUGAACAAUAAGGACGGUGAAAAGUUUAUGAAAGCUUUAAACAGGUUCACGAAAGAAGACCCCACAUUUCGUAAGGAAUAUAAUACUGAAGCGAGGGAAACAGUUGUCUCUGGAAUGGGUGAACUGCAUUUGGUAAACAUUGCAUAUAUACAUACGCUUUAG